UCCGUGGACGGGGCAGCACUCACGGUCAUCGGCACUGCCCAUACACUUAGUCCACCCUGGCAGGGACCUCACCAAUGACCUCCAUGAAAACAGGGUCCCAGACAAGCCAGUUGGUCUGAAGGCCGUGGCGCUGACUGACCACAUCAGGGUGUGUUGGCAGCCCCCCGCACAGCACAAUGUGCUGCUGUGCGGCUACACCAUUGCCUGGGACCAAGGCGUGGCGGACAUCUACUCCAAGAUCGUGGACAGCAAGCAGCACGGUUACAUCAUUGAUAAGCUGGAACCCAACAUGGAGUUUGUGAUAAGCCUGCGAGCCUUCAACAACGUGGGUGACGGGCAACCGGUGUACCAGCAAGUCCGCACCCAGCCAGAGGAGGAGGAGGUGGUGGCACCCACGCUGGACCCGGCGGUGUGGGUGAAGGCCGUGGUGCUGACGCCCUUCACCGUGGUGCUGCAGUGGGCGGACACCAUGCUGAGCCAGAACCAGUACAACAGCUGCACCACCUUCUCGUCCUCAUCCUCCAGCCGCUACGUCAACGCCACGGAUGUGACCUGCCUCAUUGACAGCCUCAAGCCAUCAACAGUGUGUGAGUUUGCUGUGAAGACCAUCAGGGUGAGACCACAGUGCUGGAAGCCUUCGUUCUUCUUUCAGUAAAUAUUCACUCAGUCCUGCAACACUUCUCAAGGAAAUCCUGCACAGCUGAAUCCUUGCUGUGAUGAGGCACAGAGAAAUUAUGACUCAUAGG